AGCCUGGUCAGCAGCUCUUUUACAGUUACUGUGAUUUUUUAAAUCUGGAUAAAACUGGCCUUAUUUAUGCCUGGAAUACUUUCAGAGGGUAUUUCAGAGAAUAUCACAAGUUUCUGUAGAACAUCUAAUACUGAACAAUUCAAGGAGCUGCAGCCCCUCAUGGCUGACACAGUAAUACAGACAGUAGCACUGAAGAAGUCACAGCAGAAUGAGCAGGAACACUCACAAACCAAGCUGUCUAAUGAUCAAAAGAUCAAAGCCAAACUUGCACGCUUCGUGUCAUACUUCUCUGGAGAUAUGGCUCCUUUCAGUGAGUGGAUGAAAGGACAGUGCAUAGUGCUUCAGAUUUUCGAUUGGGUUUUGAGAGGUGCAGCACAGGUCAUGUUUGUAAAUAACCCCAUAAGUGGACUGAUCAUCUUUGCUGGACUGAUCCUCCAGAACAGAUGGUGGGCUCUCAAUGGCUUUGUGGGCACCCUGUUUGCCACAAUCUCAGCUCUCAUUCUCAGACAAAAUAGAGGGGCAAUCGCAGCAGGCCUGUAUGGAUACAAUGGAAUCCUGGUUGGUCUUUUAAUGGCAGUCUUCUCCAAUGCAGGUGACUGGUACUGGUGGCUUCUGCUGCCCAAUAUCUUCAUGUCAAUGGCAUGCCCAAUCGUGUCCAGUGCCCUGGCCUCCAUCAACAGUCGGUGGGAUCUGCCGGUCUUUACCCUGCCUUUUAACAUCCUGGUGUGUCUUCAUAUGGUAGCUACAGGCCACUACAACCUCCACUUCCCCCAGGUCCUCAUCCAGCCAAGAAACUCCUUCCCCAACAUCACAUGGUCUGAGCUAGAUUAUGCUUUGCUCUUCCGCUCCGUUCCUGUGGGCAUUGGGCAGGUCUAUGGUUGUGACAAUCCUUGGACAGGAGUCAUAUUCAUUGUGGCCCUGUUCAUUUCUUCACCAAUAACUUGUGCACAUGCUGUUAUUGGUUCAGCUGUUGGGAUGGUGUCAGGUCUCGCUCUUGCUGCACCAUUCCAGAGCAUUUACUUUGGACUGUGGGGAUACAACUGUGUCUUGGCUUGCAUUGCAAUUGGUGGAAUGUUCUAUGCACUCACAUGGCAGGUCCAUCUCCUGUCUAUAGCCUGUGCAUUUUUCUGUGCAUAUCUUGGCUCCGCAAUUGCCAAUAUUAUGGCUACUUUCGGGCUUCCAGCAUGCACUUGGCCCUUCUGCUUGUCAGCCCUCAUGUUCCUCUUGAUCACUACAGAGACAAAGACAAUCUACAAGCUGCCUCUUGCCAAAGUAAACUACCCUGAGAAAAACCUUAUGCUCUACUGGAAGAUGAAGAAGGAGAAAGGUGGAAAUUUCAAAAAAGAGAAAAAGGAGGUCAAGCUGAAAACAAACGUGCAAAUUUCAAAAGAUGUGGAAGCCACGGUUGUGGUGGAGUGUCAAGAUUAGGAGCAGCAGGAAAUCUCCACUGAGACAAACAGAAACAGGUCAUUGUUCAGCAGAAAGCCCAUUACUUGCUCAUAAUCGAAUGCAGCCACUUAUUUAUACACAUUUGCUUUACUUCCUACCAUCCUCAUCAUGGUGAAUCAGUAUGAACGCACAUAAGAGAUUGCCAUUUACUGGCCAUAACUUGUAAUAAUUAUUUUUUUUAACAUUUGUAUGAUAACUAAUUGUGACUAGUUUCAAACAAAUAGCUUUUUACUAUUGCAAAUUAUGUAUUAUAUGUAAACUAAUUAUUGCAUGAUAAAAUGUAUUGUAUAGAACUGUAUUAUAAUGUUUGUGUACUUUGAGGUAAGUAACAAAUAAUUAUAGGAACAAGUACAAUAAUGACAAACAUACAAAACUACACAGUCAACUAUUAAAAAAAAGAAUUCCUUUACUGAAACACAGCAGUUAUGCAAAAGUAUCCUUGACAUGAGCCACAUAUUAUAUGCAUACCUCUGUAAAGAUGCCAGCAUGUGUGCUUGCUGAGGGUGGAGUUAAAUGUUCUAGACAGUAGCUAUUUAAGAAACAAAUCUCACUCCAUGGCUCUAUGAUUAUGAUCUUCAUAACGGUGCCAUAGAAAAAUGCUGUUCCUUAGAUACCUAGAAAAU